AUGAAAAAAUUGAUAUAUUUAUUUUUACUUUAUAACAUUAUUGUGAUCAAAGGUGAAAUUGACUCUGAUGAAUUGAGUUCAUUAAGAUGGGUAGCACAAUUUUAUCAAAUUGGAUGGAAUAUGACCAGUAGUGAGUGUGAUUUCAUUACGAAUGGCUUGGGUUCUCUGAUUUGUUUGAGAUCAGGAAAUGAUGAAACUAUUACAAAAAUAGUUUUACCAAAUAAUUUUACAGUAACAAACCAAGGAAUACCCUCGUUUAUCAACCAAUUGUAUUUUCCAAAUUUAACUACAUUCGAUGCAAGAACUAUUGGAAACAAUUCAAAUAUUAAUACAGAUUUUGAUAUAUUGUAUUUAAUUGAUACCCCUUCAAAUGUGAAGUUACAAAGUUUACAAAUAACAAACUAUAUUGGAAUGAUAUCACCAGACUUCCCAGUUUAUCUAAAACUAUCAACUUUAAAAUUAUCAGAUUUUAUAAUACCUAAUAUUCCUUUAUCUGUUUUUAAAGCAGAUUUUGUUUCAAUACAAUUCAAAAACAAUUUAUGUGAAUUAAAGAUUUCUAAUACUAUUUAUCCUACAAGAUCUUUGCAGGCUACUAAAUUUCCUGAUGAAAGAUGGAUUAGCACUGAUGGAGAUUUGACAUUUUUCAUUCUUAACAACAAUAAUAUGACAGGCCAAAUUCCAGAGUAUUCAAAUCUUACUCCCAAUAGAAUAGAUUUUGAAAACAAUCCCUCUAUUACAGGAAAAAUUCCAGAUUCUUUUUGCACAGCAAAUCUUUUAAGUUUUAGAAAUACAUCUAUCACCACUCUACCAGAUUGUAUUUAUUGUUUAAAAGGAAAUUUACCAAGUUAUAUUCAAUUACCACCGAAAGUAGUAAAAACCAAACCUGGUGUAGAUUGUGAACCACAGUUAUUUUCAAAAUUUUUUAUGUUGGGAUAUUCAAAUUCAACUUGUAUUCUAAAGGGAAAACUUCUAGGAUAUAGAGCACCUGGUGAUUUUUCACCGUCAACACUUCAAGUCAUAAAUCCAAACAUAUUGUUUUCUUAUAAACCUACAGUGCCAACUGGUCAGACAACACUUUAUUUCUCUACAUCAAGAAAUAUAGUAUUUAAUAUUUCUUGGGUAUCAGAUAUGACCUAUAUAUCUCAAACUUCGGUUACCUCUUACAAUUUGACCAAUUUCAAAUUGGAAUUAUUUGGACAGUUCAAUCAAUCCUUUCCAAAUCAUACAAUUACCAUCAUAAAUAAUGGAGUUUGUGACAUAAACUAUUUCAACAGUACAUAUAUGAUUUGUACAGCCACUUUACUACAUCCUCUGAUCGCCAAUAUUUUUAACGUUUCUCUGAGAUCAUACUUAUUUAAUAAUCCCUUUUUAGCCAAAACUACAAGUUUCCCAUUAGUUUCAUCAUAUAUGGGUAAAUUGAUGAUAUCAGGAAUAGUUGGAGGCCCAAUCAAUGCAACUUAUUGGGAUUGUCAAAUUGGUAUGAUUUCCAGUGGUCUCUUGGACGUUAAGAUUAUUCUGAAUAACUUUGAAUUCGUUAUGCCCCGUCUAUUUGUUGAAGCUAUCGAUAUUCCUAAUGAUUUUGGUUUCAAUGAUAGAUGUAAUGAAAAUGGUCGAUGUAUUAAUACCAAAUGUAUUUGUUCUACUGGUUUCUAUGGUUCAUAUUGUGAAUUAAAAAUUUUUGAUGGUGGCCAUAUCAAUCUAAAUCAAACUACUCCAGUUACAUCAAUAAUAGCGAAUGGUUAUGAUUUCAAUUUCAAUAUGGUUGGAGUUCAAGAGUUAGAUCCAAGUGGAAUCAUUGUCAAUGAAUUAAUAACUUCAGAAUGGACAACGUUUAAUUAUAGCUUGGAUGAUGUAACUUAUUUAAGAUAUUCCAUUCAAACCGAUAGUAAAGUAAAUAUUCUGGCACUGAUUCAACAUUCAAACAAAUCAAGAGAUUUGACAUUUGCCAACCAACAAUUUACAAUUCCACCAAAUGGACUUAAACUCUCAGUUGAUAUCAAUGGAUGGGUGUAUUCAUCAAACUUAAACACUUUGAGAGUGGUUUUCAACACAAAAAUAGAAGAGGAAGACAAUUAUGGUUGUGAUUCAAAGUCACCAAUUGCCACUGGAACUCUUGAUGAUUCCGUUAAAUAUUUCAAGAUCAUCAAGAAUGGAUUGGCAUUUUAUGGAAAGUUCUUACCAUUCUCACUCUCUGAUGGAAGAUCGACCUAUUCAAGAAAUGAAGUUAUCAACAGCACUCAAGACGGUGUCACCUACAUUGGAAUCCAUUUACCACAAUGUCAGACCUGUAGUAUAGAUCCUGAUUUUUCACUCCUAAUUCAAACCGAAAACAAAGAUUGUUCAAUCUCUGGUAAAUCCUCAAGAACUUGGGUGAUCAUUACCAUUGCGGUGGUAUGUGGUGUUGUUGGUAUAGCAAUUCUAUCAGUAGCUACCAUUUUCAUUAUAAAAAAUAAGAGAAAUAUAAAAUUAAAACUUGGUAUUCAAAUGAAUACAAUAGCAUAA